ACCACCAAACCAAAAAAAAAAGAUUUGACAGAUAACAGAAAAACAAAAAAGCUUCUCCUCCUUCCUCCUCCUUACCAAAAUCUCGAGUCUCGACGGUCUACCGGAAAAAAUGGCUGCUAAUUUCUGGAAUUCGUCUCACUAUAAACAGCUUUUGGAUCCAGAAGAAGUCGAUGUAGAACGUGGUAUCUCAAUUGAUGAUUUCAAGCUCAUCAAGUUCCAUAUGUCUAAUCAUAUAAUGAAAUUGGCUCAGCACAUUAAAGUGAGGCAAAGGGUUGUAGCUACUGCAAUUACGUAUAUGAGGCGGGUUUAUAUCAGAAAGAGUAUGGUAGAGUUUGAGCCUCGUCUUGUGGCACUUACGUGCUUGUACUUGGCUUCUAAAGCUGAAGAAAGCAUUGUGCAGGCCAGGAAUCUUGUUUUUGUCAAAAGAUUGUAUCCUGAUGAGUGCAAAUAUGAACUAAAAGAUAUAUUAGGAAUGGAGAUGAAAGUCUUAGAAGCACUAGACUAUUAUCUGGUUGUGUUUCACCCUUACCUUUCAUUAUCUAAGUAUUUGCAAGAUGCUGCAAUAAACGAUGUAAAUAUGAACCAGAUCACAUGGGGAAUUGUUAACGAUACAUAUAAGAUGGACCUCAUACUUGUACACCCACCUUAUCGCAUAGCGCUAGCGUGCAUAUACAUAGCAAGUGUCCACAGAGAGAAAGACAUCACUGCAUGGUUUGAAGAU